AUGUCCUUCCUGGCCAGCAUCAUCAAGCCUCUCGCCUACGUCUCUCUCCCCGUCUUCGCCCUCAAGACUUGGGCAGACUCCAGCCCAUUCGCCCGGUACUAUGUCCGUCUCGGUCUCUACCUCUCCACCCUCGGAGUCUGCUCUAUAUGGGGUGUGAUAUGUUCGAUAGGCUUGGGCCUCACAGGCAACCGCUUUGACGUAUUCUAUAUCGUCGCGCGCAGCUUCUACUUCCUCGCGAGCCGUGUAAUCGGCAUCCGUCUCAUCGUAGAGGGCCAAGACUACCUCGAGACGCGACCCUCCGUCCUGGUCGGCAACCAUCAGAGCAUGCUCGAUAUUCUCUACCUUGGGAGGAUCUUCCCUCGUCGAGCCUCCAUCAUGGCGAAGAAGGAGCUGCAAUGGUCGCCGCUAUUGGGUCAAUUCAUGACCCUCGCCGGGGCUGUCUUUGUCGACCGCGGGAACAACGCGCGCGCGGUGCGGUCGCUCACUGCAGCCGGCGAGAUCAUGAAGGAACGCAACAGCUCCCUCUGGCUCUUCCCCGAGGGCACGCGCUCGAUGCGUCCAUACCACGAUAUGCUCCCCUUCAAGAAAGGCGCGUUUCAUACGGCCAUUCAGGCGCAAGUCCCGAUCGUUCCAGUGAUCUGCGAGAACUACUGGAGGUUGUACAGGAAGGGCGUGUUUGAGAGCGGUACUCUUAAAGUCAAAGCUCACAAAGCCCGUCUAGUCCUUCCGCCUAUUCCCACAACCGGCCUUACGGCUGCGGAUGCAUCUGAAUUGGCGAUUCGCGUGCACGACAUGAUGGUAGAGACUCUGCGCGAGAUAUCUGCUCCCCCUCCUCCGGGCACGGAGCCCAAGACAGCACAACCCGCCGUGACGCCGGCACCAUUGGCUACUCCCGCCCAGCCUCCUACCCCGUCCGAACCAACCAAGGAAAACGAGCCUGAGCCACUCCGGACCGCAAGCCGAGCGUCGAACAGCGUGUCCGAGAACUCUGCCACCUCCUCGCCUGUAUUGACCCACAGUCGGAUGGAGGGUAGCGAAUAUGGAACGGAGACGGAAGAGGAUGACGGGAUGGUCUUGGUUGGCAGACCAAGCCAUUGA